AUGUCUCAGCCUUACCCCCCUCUCCUGACACCUCCACAUUGCGCCACGCCGCCUCCACUAUUAUCCUCCAGGGUCAAUGAGAAAAGCGACUUCAAUAUAUAUGAAGAUAUUGAAUCAAAACCGCAUGUGUGGGAAGAGCCGGUUGUCGAGAAACCCGACUGGGAUGGCAAUACUAUGGGACGAUUCCUAGAGUUUCUCCAUACAGGGGACUACCGACAUCCUGAGCCGAGCUCUGAGUUAGAGGUUAUCCCAGAAAGCGAGGGUGUGCUAUUAGUGCACGCAAAACUAUACCUACUCGCACGUUACAAGAAUCUUACUGCAUUGCAAUCGUUAGCAGUGAGCCGGCUAAGAACGGCACUUGGCCUGAUUUCUAUAUCAGAAAGGACAGCCAAAAAAGUGAUAGAGCUACUGCAGUACAUCCACUCUCGUACGAGUCCCCAGGAGCCCGCGAGGGAGCUUGUGGUGGGAUAUGUAGCGGGGAACUUCAGAACCCUCAAGGCUGUGAGCGGCCGGGAGAUGAAGUUGCUGCUAUGUGGAGGCGGUGAUCUAGCGGUUGAGUUAAUGCACAAGAUGGUUACGAGACAAUGUGGGUCUGAAAAUGGCUUUGGCGGGAACAUGGCUACUAUACUCGAGAGGGUUGAGAGGGGAGGCAGGAGAAAUGGAGAUAUUGAAAGCGGCUUGAAAGUGCUACAUGUUGAGGAAGCGCCGCGGUUGGAUGCUCCAAGCGCUGAAUCUCUGGUAGUUGUGGUUGACAAGGGCGAAACUAGCGAAGAUCUUAAAGACAGGACGACUGAGUUGAAGGUCUGCCACAUGGUCAACAAGGAGCAACCCAUCCCACAAAACGAGGUGGUGGAGGAGGAGGAGGAGGAGGAGGAGGAGGAGGAAGAGUGUGGUGGUAUUGAAGAUACAAGUGCAGUAGUGCAGGAUAGCCUCGCGGAAGGUUCCUUAGAAGAUAAGAAGGGAUUUACUACCGGGACUGAAAGGUUUGAGGCGAGCAGUAAUGGUGCCAAAAACGUGGAGAGUGAGUUGAUGGGUGAUGAUCCAAGCGUCAACGAAGAUCUGGAUCUAGUGACUGAUGUGGCGAUUGAGGAUAUUCAAGAUGUUGAAGGCGGGAAGGCCGGGGACGGGGGGGACAAGGAUGGCAAGGAGGGCAAGGAGGGUGAGGUGAUAGCUGGCCUCGAGGUUGGAACGGAGGAUUUGAGGCCCAUUGAUAGAGCCGAGGCGCCAAAGAAUACUGGAGGGAUUGAGGGUUCGGAGGAUGAAGUAGACCCCUCCGUCAUGAAGAUUCCACAAACAGAUAUCGCCGGGGUCGCCGACCAAGCAAAUAGAACUCAGAUACCGGUAGAACAAGGUGCGGCCGGGGUGGUCGAGUAUUGA